CUUCCAAGAAAACUGGAUUGCAGUUCUUCUUCUUAUCUUCCUGGGAAACUGCUUUAUCUACUUGAAAUAUGGUGAACGAUCUCAGAACUGAUUCAUCUGACUAUCGGGUCGAGCUUUUGUCACCUCCUCCUCCAGGACAGGAGGCUGUGGUAGCAAGGCAACCGUCAUGGCGGCUCAAUAUGGACAAGUUCACCUUGCCAGAUAGGCGCACAGAUUCUCAUUGCAGCGUUGGAUAUUUUUUUCAGACUAUAAGAAGACAAAAGAAAAUAUCAGAGUAUUACAAGAAACAAGAAAAUCUCCUUAAUGGAUUCACUGAAGUUGACAAGUUCACUGAAUUGGGCGUUUUACCUGGAGGCUUAACAGAGGAAGAAAUGAAGGAACUGGCGAAGAGCGAGAAGAUUGCAGUAUAUGCAUCAAAUGUGGCCAAUCUAGUGUUGUUCUUUGCUAAAGUUUAUGCAUCUGUUGAGAGCAGGUCAUUGGCAGUAAUAGCAUCAACUCUGGACUCACUGUUGGAUCUUUUAUCAGGAUUUAUUCUGUGGUUCACUGAUUAUGCCAUGAGAAAACCGAAUCAUCAUCGGUAUCCCAUCGGAAAGAACAGGAUGCAGCCUGUGGGAAUUGUUGUUUUUGCAGCAGUAAUGGCUACCCUUGGACUGCAAAUUCUGUUUGAGUCAGGUCGACAACUUCUUACAAAGGAGCAACCUGAAAAAGAUCAUGAGAAGGAAAAAUGGAUGAUUGGGAUCAUGGUGUCAGUGACAGUAAUAAAAUUUCUACUGAUGAUGUACUGUCGUGGUUUCAAAAAUGAAAUUGUUAGGGCUUAUGCUCAAGAUCAUUUCUUUGAUGUCAUUACUAACUCAAUCGGUCUAGCCACAGCCGUAUUGGCCAUUCAAUUCUACUGGUGGAUCGAUCCUCUUGGGGCCAUCCUAAUUGCUUUGUAUACAAUAGGAAAUUGGGCAAAGACUGUGCUGGAAAAUGUAUCGGGAUUGAUUGGGAGGACGGCACCACCAGAGUACUUAGCGAAGCUAACGUACUUGGUGUGGAACCAUCAUGAGGAGAUUAAGCACAUAGACACUGUUAGGGCAUACACAUUUGGGUGUCAAUACUUCGUGGAGGUGGACAUAGUUUUACCGGAGGAGAUGACCCUUGGUCAGGCACAUAAUAUUGGAGAGACGCUCCAGGAGAAGCUCGAACAACUGCCAGAGAUAGAGAGAGCUUUCGUUCAUGUAGAUUUUGACAUCUUUCAUCAGCUUGAACACAAGCCCAAGAAGGCAUGAACUGAUCCAAGGAAAUUCAACAGGGGAAACUGCAAACUUUCCUUUUUCCAGGUAGGUGUUUGUAUUCCUAAUUUCCAAUAUAGCCCGAUCCAAUAAUAAGAUGUGUGUGACAAUAAUUCAGUUGGGUAUGUCCAGAACCAAAAAUCACGUCCAGCUAAAGUGUACUCUUGUUAAUUAACUUUGAAAUUUUAA